CCGUGACGCCACUGCCGGAAGCGCCUCCCUGCGAUCGCUGCCCGAAGCUCCCGCGGGCGCUCGGUGCUGGUGCCGGCCAUGAGCAAGCGGAAAGCUCCCCAGGAGAGCCCCAACGAGGGCAUCACCGAUUUCCUCACCGAGCUGGCCAACUACGAGCGCAACGUGAACCGGGCCAUCCACAAGUACAACGCGUACAGGAAAGCGGCCUCGGUCAUUUCUCGGUAUCCGAGCAAGAUACAGAGCGGGGCGGAAGCCAAGAAGCUGGAUGGAGUAGGUGCUAAAAUAGCUGAAAAGAUAGAUGAGUUCUUGUCCACUGGAAAACUACGCAAGUUGGAAAAGAUUCGACAAGAUGAUACAAGUGCUUCCAUCAAUCUCCUGACACGAGUCACUGGCAUUGGUCCUGCUGCUGCUAGGAAGUUUGUCAAGGAAGGAAUUAAGACUUUAGAAGAUCUAAGAAAAAUUGAACACAAGCUGACCCAUCACCAGCGAAUUGGGCUGAAAUACUUCGAAGAUUUUGAGAAAAGAAUCCCAAGGGAAGAAAUGCUGCAAAUGCAGGAAAUUGUGCUGAAAGAGAUAAAGAAGCUGGAUGCAAACUAUAUUGCUACAGUCUGUGGCAGUUUUAGGCGAGGUGCAGAGUCAAGUGGCGAUAUGGAUGUUCUCCUAACCCAUCCCAGUUUCACAUCUGAAUCAUCCAAACAGUCAAAACUUUUGCAUCAGGUUGUAGAACAACUGGAAAAAGUCCACUUUGUCACAGAUAUGCUGUCUAAAGGUGACACAAAAUUCAUGGGUGUCUGUCAGCUGCCAGAUAAAGAAGAUGGAACUGCCUGUCCACAUCGGAGAAUUGAUAUCCGGCUUAUCCCGAAAGAUCAAUAUUACUGUGGUGUACUGUAUUUCACAGGAAGUGAUAUAUUUAAUAAGAACAUGAGAACUCAUGCUCUGGAAAUGGGCUUCACAAUCAAUGAAUAUACAAUACGUCGCUUGGGUGUUACUGGAGUUGCUGGAGAGGCCCUGCCAGUAGAGUGUGAAAAAGACAUCUUUGACUAUAUCCAGUGGAAAUAUCGAGAGCCAAAGGAUCGGAGUGAAUAACUAACUGCUUGUCUAGGUUUGUAGCCUAGAGAGAUGUUUUCAUAGCUUUUUAAGAACAUGUGAAAGUGCAUAGUCUUACUUUGGAUGUUACUUGAAAAAUUGCACAUUACUGAUGUUUAAAGCAAGUCCACGGCACUUGAACAGAACGUGUUGUGAAAAUCAUUUUCACAUAAUCACAGAUUAAUUUGGGUUGGUAGGACUCCCUAAAUGUUGUGUAGUCCAGUCCCCCUGCCAUGAGCAGAGCCAUCUUUGACUAGAGAAGAUUGCUUAGAGCCCAGUCCAAUCUGACCUUGAAUGUUUCUGGGGAUGGUGCAUCCAGCAUCUCUUUGUCUCUUACAUACAUGCAGAUAAUAGAAUGAAAAAGCAAGCUAUAUCAUGAAGUACUCCUAAAGAGUACCAUUUUCAACUACUGUGUGUAUCUUCUUAUACCUGUGUUAAGUGCUGCAGCUUAUGACGAGUUGUUUUAUGUACUUCUAAAAUCUUUCAAUAUGGGCUAUAUGCUAAGAUGGCCAUUCUAUUGUAUGUGACCUGUGAAUUUUGUUACUAGGUAUGUUGUAUUGAUUGCUCUGUGUUUUGUUCAGCUUGUGAAGUUUGGCCUGAUUAAUUUAUGCACUGCUACCACUCCUGUAGAUUCAGUCUGCCCUUUUUUACAUGCAAACCUGUCAAAUCUUCCCCUUUAACUGCUGGGAAAGGUAAUGGGUAUUUUGGAAGUGAGAUAAGAUCUCUUCAAGAAUGCAUUACUAGUUAUAUUUGGGACAGGAAUUCUGUUGGUUAACUUAAAACUUUGCAAAGUAGUAAACUGUUGCUUCCAUGUGUUACAGAGCAUGAGCAUUGAAUGUAUUGCUGCUACUGUAUUUGAAUACCUUGUAGCAGUAAGGCAACUGUAUUAUAGAACUGCAAGCUUGAAAAGAUGAGACUUUUGUAUGUAGUCAAAUUGACUAUUGCGAACAAUAUAAUACUUCCCUUGGUUUCUUAAUGCUUAGGUUCGCUAUUGGCAUCUAUGAGGGCAGAGAGGAUUUUGUAUAGUUAGACUACUUAACUUGACCUGAAUCAUAAAACAGACGUACCAUUUCUUAUUUUCAUCUCACUUAAGCUUGCAGAGCAACUACAUUUUUAACUUGUCCUUAUAUAAGGAGAGUUGAUUAAUCUUAGUAAUGGAGAUUAUAGGCUGAUGCUCUUACUUAUCCAUUUAUUUUAUUUUCUUUUCUUGUUAGGAGUUUUAAUUAUUUUCUGGGAAUGUUCUCCAACGCUAAUGCAUGCAGUAGUAUGUAAUGAAAAGAGGUUAAGUUGGUACUAUGUGAAGUAUUUUGAUGCCUCAUUGUAAAAAUAUACAUAGUUGAUAUAUUUAGUGUUUUCUUCAGUAAUCAGUAGGAAUAAAAAAAAUCAUUAUUCCAUCA